UGAAGGGCAAGAACGUGGUGUUUAAGAGUGGCAUUAUGGACUUUCCCAGCAACACAACCCCAACCACGGUCAUCAAGAGAGCUGUGACCACUCCCAGCACAAGAGCUUCGACUUCUAAGCGUCAAAUCUCUCUUUCAGCUUCACCUCCACCGUCACCAGCUGGAAAAAAAACCAAAGGUCCGACCGCAGCUCCCAAAUCUUGAUUGACAGGAACUUCAGCCCUUGCGAGCUCGAUGGACCAAGCAGUCAAAGUAGAGAAGACUCGACUCACCUCUGAUCUUGCAAUAGCCUCGGCGAAGUUGGAGAAGUUCCCCUACAAGAAACAAGCGAUGGAGUUGUUUGACCAAGGAGCGGCUGAAGCUUUUGGAGGUGAUGAGGACCUCGAAUUGGAGGCUGCUGAUGUUCUUUGUGAUGAAGCUAAGGCUAGUUCAUUUGUAAAUUUAUCAGCAAAACUCAGAUUCAAAUGGCUUUUCAAACAAAUCAAGAAGAAUGAAGAGUAAAUUGUAGGUAUUAUUCCAAACUCUUUUGUAAACACAUAUUUUAAACUACAAAUACAUGUAUUAUCCCAAAUGUUACAAAAGAAAUGAAAAGUAGUUGUUUAUUUGUAUCCUUU